UGGAGUUUUAUUAUCCAACUUACCGUACAAUUUCCCACACAAUUGACGUUCAAAUUUUUCGGUGGAAGCUCCAGAUUUUGGUAGUGAUACAGUAUUAUACUUUUCUGGGUCGGCGUCGAAUCUUCAAUAAGUUGGCAGCUUCUCUUUCCAGUUCUGUAUAUUGAAAAGGUCCGUUUUUAAUAGUCUUUAUGAUCGAACAAUUUUAGAAGCUUAUGUUCUGCAAGGGUGAUGGCUCGCAGACUCUGUUCCCGCCUUUCCCUCCUCCCAUCUCUUUGCAAAGUUCCAAAACCCCAUUUUCAACCUUCACUUUCUCCAAGAAUAGAGACCCCUUCUGAUUCAGCUGGAAGUGGUUCAAGACAUCACAUUAAUUUUGGGUUUCACCCAAAUUUUCAAGCAUCACGAUCAUAUGCUCGUGGUAGGCGCAAACAUUAUGAUCUUUUUGGCACUGUGAAACCAGGUGAUGAGGAAUUCAGAAAAACAUGGAAGAAGGAGAUGGAUGAAGAUACUAGUCUAUGGACAGGAAGUGAAGAUGAAAGCGAUGAUAAAAAAGAUCCAAAAAGUCAUCUUGAAGAAGAAAUCCGGAGAGUGAGACAGCAGGCAAAGGAGCACUCUGACCUAAUUGAUGCUGAUGACAGUGAUGAGUUAAGAAGUGUGUGGUCCGGGAGUGAUGAGGAGAAGACGCUUUGGACGGGUAGUGAGGGUGAUGAUGAUGACGAUAUUCCUACAGAAGCCUACCCAAAUGAAAGUAGUGAUAAGCAUAUCGAUAAAUUGUUUGAGUUUGAGGAAAUGCCUAAAUAUCGAACACUCUCCGAAUUAUUGAAAGCUGAAGAUGAACCAGAAGAGUUGUCCCCAGGAAAGCAAGCUAGGAAAAUUGCAGUUGAGAAUGCUUUGAAAAAAUUGAAGAAAGGCCCAGAUGGGCGUUACACUAAUGUGUGGGAGGUCAUGAGUGAUUUAGACAUCCUAAUUGGAGCAUUUGAAAAUAUUGUUUCAGGACCAGAGUAUACCGAGCUUAGACAGGGAGGGCCUAAGAAAUUGAAUAUUCAGUUCUUCAAGGAUAUACAAGCGCGUAUGAGAGAUCCAAAUUAUAAGUUCUCACCUGAGUUAAAGUUGAAGCCAAAGAGCAAAGUUGUAUCUAGAAAGAAGUGGCAAAAGGCACAAUCUAGACGGAGGAAAGCACAAAAGCGUUAAGUUGUAACAAGUUAGAACCCAGUUGAGCAGGUAAAUCAAAUUGGUUGGAAGCCCAACACUGCAGAGCAGAGGGAAAAUCACGGAUAUAUGCAGAGAGAGAGAGAGAGAGAGAGAGAGAGAGAGAGGUAAGAUGAUUUGACAAGGCUGAGAGACUUGACACAUUUUGACAGG